GGCAUAUGUAUCCAACUCGCAGCUUGGUCAUCAUGCACUUGCAUCGUCGAAAGGUUCAGUAUUUGAGUCGCGUUCCCAUGAGCGCCGUGGAAGAGAAGGCCGCCGCUCUCAAGGCAAAGGAAGCAAGCCAUGCCGCCGCAUUAUCUGGUCAAGAUGGCAACGACCAAGUUGACAGCACCAGCACCGACGAAACACGGUCGGCUAACAAAACUCCUCAACCCGAACCAGAAGCUCCACUGAAGCUCUCCCAAAAGCUCCUGGCGCGUAACGAGCUGUCCAAGAAGGUCCAAACAAACUUCAGCCUUCGUAUGGUACUCCUCCCCAUCUUCGCGGCACUCGCCAUGGCAGUGUACAAGGUCAAGGUCGAAGGCGUCCGGUUGAAUCCUCGCGCUCUCCUCAGUGCCGUGAACCCAUCCAGUUACUUCGCGCCAGGCGUAUUCGAUCCCGCUGGCAACAAGUACGCGAGCGAUGUCGUGUCCAUCACUACGCGCAAGUUGCUUCCCUUGGACGACGCGGCAACCUGCGACGGAUGGACCCCUCGUCUCAUCUCACACGAACGCGUGCAUGUCGACACCGCGCUUCUGCACGCCGACACCCUUCGCGAAGAAAACAAAGUGAUGUUUCUUCUCAACGGCCAAGACACCGGUUUGAUCUACCACUGGUCCCCACUCGACUCCACGUGCCUCCAUGCGCUCACGACCGCCGCGGCCACCUCGCUAGGCGCGGACCCCGACUUCUUUCCCAACGGACUUCGGCUGUACAACAGCAUGGGGCAUCCCAUCACGACCGCCGCCGACCUCGACAUCGACCGGCUGGCGUACAUUCUGACGGACUUUCAGAUCUGGGUCUGGCCCGGCGUCCGCGUCGGGUACGUUCGCCGCGUGGACAACGUGACCAUGACAACCAUCUCGCUGUCGCCGCUCGUGUUUGACUGCCAGGGCUUCUUCAACCUCGACGAAGCCAACGCCAUCAUCCAGCAUGGCUCGGACAAACUGAUGCGGAGCCCCGUCGACUCGCCGGACGCGGUGGACGGGUACCAUGCCGACCGGACGAGCCACACGGCCUUCCUGGACGACUCGCAGUUCACCCGCGACUUUCGGCGUCGGUCGGCUAGCUUGGCGCGGCUGCCGAGUCCGUCGUUUGUGGAGCGGAUGCAGCUGGUGCGGUACGAAGCCGGCCAGUUCUUCCGCAAACACGAAGAUUACUUUGAAUCAAAAGACUUCUUGGGAAAGAAGGACGAUGCGAUUCGGGAGUACCAUACGUGGGCGGCGUGGGCAGCGUCUCAAAUCGACGCGUUGAUGGAGGACCAACGACGUCGGGAGGCUGGUGAAGAUCAUGUCGAUGACACGAGCGGGAUCGUGCCGGACGCAUUCCAGCCCGGCGGAGACCUGUACCCGAACCCCCAAGACACGGUGACGUGGCAGCUGGGCUGGCUCAAUGUAUUUCUAGAUGAAUGUGCGUUGAACAACUUCUUUGAAGACAAGGCGGACGUCGAAUGGGGCAAAUGGAUCGCCGAGAACACGGAAAACCGCGCGUUCGGAGUGGUCGAGAGUCUUCUCGAGAGCCGCGGGUACAUGCUGCCAUACAUGAUUCAAGCUUGGGAACGCAAGAUUGGACUCCCCCAGUUAAAGUACUCGCCGCCGAAAGCUCCAGUGAGCGGGGUGACGCACUACUUUCGAUGGAUUCGAUGGGUCAAGGAGCGGAUUCAGGACUUGGGCGACGUCGCGCCCGCCCACGUCCGUCCCGACGGGCCAGACUACCCCACGUUCCGUACUACCUUUCAGACCAAGUUGGCGGGGUACAUCUUGGAAGAUUACUCGGUGGACGAGUUGACCGAGCUGUGGGGCGGCUCUGAGUGGGCCGAGUGGCUGGCCAAGCAUGAGUCGGACACGGAUGUGAUUUUGGACGGCGCGCGGCAGUUCGUGCCGCUGUUCCACGCCGCCGUAGCCGCGUGGACCCGCCGCGUGGGGCCGGACGACGUGGCCGCCUUGUUUGCGUACACUGUGCCAACCCACGUCCAGCACUUUGAGCCGAACCGAUAUGUGACACUGUUUUUAUACUUGAACGAUGUGGACGAAGGCGGGGAGACGGUGUUCCCGUACUCCAAGGAGCGGCUGGUCACGGGCAUCGAGCGACAGGGCAUGGACGAAUGCUCCGAGGGGCUGGCGGUGCCCCCGACCAAGCUGCACAUGUCGCUCUUUUACGGCCAAACGGGGGACAAUAAGCUCGACCCCAAGAGUCUGCACGGCGGGUGCCCCCCUGCCAAAGGCGUCAAGUUUGGGGCCAACUCGUUCACGUGGAACGCGGAUGCCGACGAAGGCUCCCAGGCGUGGGGAUUUGGAGGAUAAGUGACGUGAACUGUAGAUGGUUGUAGAACCCAUACAUAUACAAUAAGGUGAAUAAAUGGUUUUAGUUGUAACUGCGACUGUGUACAUUGCUUGCUUGUACGGUACAAUUGCGUUAGCUUUGAUACAGUGUAAGCCAGGGGUUGUGGGUAUAUCGAUGUGGCAACAGAUGAUCAUGCGCUGUCACCAAGCAGACUUCACGUCCAUGUUUCACGACUGCCGGGAUCGUUGUCUUAGCCCAUCGUUGGAUCGAUGGACGGAUAUGCACGAGAAACCAAACAUACGCGCGUUCCAGCACGGAUAGAAGCAGUGGCGAGCGCGACGCUUGUGUGCCGACCCUGCGCAGCGGUGGCGGAAGCACAGUCCACAUGAGUGCAAACGCGGCGGCUCCGUCCACGAUGGUGCCAAGGGACACGAUGGCCGUAGUCAGAUGAGCUCGACUCAUCGGCAGUAUCGAACGGGCGAGGUGAUUCAUCGGGGUAAAGCGAUACGUAGUGUCAAUCGCGGCUGUUCUCGAUAUGCUCCGGAACGCUCCCGAAGGUCAGCACGUUCACAC